AAUUAGCCCAGAACAUUCACAUAUACAAUUUUGUGACUUCCAUUUUGCCCAACUAUCACGCUUGAGAUAACUUUAAAAGACAAAUCAAAGAUGAGGAAAAGCUUUUCACAAGACCUCUAUAAAAGCGACGCCCAACCAACUGAGCGGAUUCAGUCGAUUUGAGUGAACGUCAGGAGCGGGAUCGAACUCUGGACUAAGUCACCAGGAAACAGUGGAUACCAACUUACCAACUCGAAACUCAAGAUUGCGUAACUGGGAAAAGUGAAAGCAAAGGCAAAAACAUGUUUUAUGCGGUCAUCUGGAUUUUCUGUGCCACUCUGUUGGCCGUCUGGUUUGGAGGAGUUCGAAAGCCCAAGCGGUUUCCGCCAGGACCUUGUUGGUAUCCGGUUGUAGGAAGUGCCCUGCAGGUUUUCCAACUACGGUGUCGCCUUGGAAUGUUUUGCAAGGCGAUCGACGUGUUAGCCAAGCAGUAUGUGAAUCCUUAUGGGUUCUUCGGCCUCAAGAUUGGCAAGGAUAAGGUGGUGAUAGCCUAUACGAACGAUGCCAUCUGUGAAAUGAUGACCAACGAAGAUAUCGACGGCCGUCCCGAUGGUAUAUUUUAUCGUCUAAGAACCUUCAAUUCUCGGUUGGGAGUACUUUUAACCGACGGUGAAAUGUGGGUGGAGCAGCGUAGAUUCAUUCUGAGACAUCUGAAGAACUUUGGCUUUGCCAGAAGUGGCAUGAUGGAUAUAGUGCAUAAUGAGGCAACGUGCUUGCUGCAGGACUUAAAGGAUAGGGUGCUGAAGGCAGGAGGAAAGCAGGCGAGGAUUGAAAUGCACGACCUAACGAGUGUUUACGUUUUGAACACUCUCUGGUGCAUGCUGAGUGGUAGAAGAUAUGAACCUGGUUCUCUGGAGAUUACGGAAUUGCUGGAGACCUUUUUUGAGCUCUUCAAAAACAUCGAUAUGGUGGGUGCUCUAUUCAGCCACUUUCCGCUGCUUCGAUUCAUAGCUCCGGACUUCUCUGGCUACAAUGGUUUCGUGGAGAGUCAUAGAUCCUUGUAUUCCUUUAUGAGCAAGGAGAUCGAGCUGCAUCGCUUGACAUAUAAGAACUACGACGAACCAAGAGAUCUUAUGGAUUCGUAUCUCCGUGCCCAGGACGAGGGAAACGAUGAUAAGGGAAUGUUCAGUGAUGAGAGUCUCUUAGCCAUUUGCUUGGAUAUGUUCUUGGCUGGGUCCGAGACCACGAACAAGAGUCUGGGCUUUUGUUUUAUGCACUUGGUGCUGCAGCCUAAAAUCCAGGAGAGAGCUUUUCAGGAAAUCAAGGAGGUAGUGGGUCUGGAGCGCAUUCCCGAGUGGUCCCGCGAUCGCUCCAACUUGCCCUACUGCGAAGCUAUUACAUUGGAGGCGGUCAGGAUGUUCAUGCUCCACACUUUUGGCAUACCGCAUCGAGCCGUGUGCAAUACUCGAUUGUCGGGAUAUGAAAUUCCGAAGGACACUAUGGUCAUAGCCUGUUUUAGGGGAAUGCUGAUCAACCCAGUCGACUUUCCGGAUCCUGAGGCAUUCAAUCCUGACAGAUACCUUAUCAAUGGCCAUCUGCAACUACCAAAAGCCUUCAACCCCUUUGGAUUCGGACGCCAUCGCUGCAUGGGAGACUUGUUGGGGCGACAGAAUCUGUUUAUGUUCACGACCACAGUCCUCCAAAACUUUAAAAUGGUGGCCAUUCCGGGUCAGGUGCCGGAGGAGGUGCCGCUCGAGGGAGCCACCGCUGCGGUGAAGCCAUAUGACAUUAUGUUGGUGGCUAGAGAGCAGAAAUAAGGAGAAUGGCGUUUAAGUUCAACUUACCUCGACACGGAUUACGGCUUACAAUAUUACUGAAUCAUCCUCC